GCCAAUCACCGCUAUCUGAAGUCCGCACUCUUGAACGUUUUUUUUAUUUAUGGCACUAUGAUUCUUGCUGCUUUCUUCUGCUAUGGCUGAAGGGGUCGGCUGGGAAAAGGAUUAUAAUGCUGAUUUAUGCAAACCUCCUGCUGUUGGCUGCUUUCUGGCUGCCCAUUAUAUUAGGUCUUCAUAUCCAUGAAUAUUUGUACUUCCAUGUCUUGAGCCCAGGUGACAUUCGCUACAUUUUUACUGCCACUCAAGCAAAAGAUUUUGGUGGCGUGUUUAAUUUCAGAUAUGAGCAAAUCUUUUUAGUGCCUGCAGACCCCCCAGAAGCCUGCGGAGAGUUAAACAAUGGGGUGUUUGUUCAGGAUCAGAUUGCCUUAGUUGAGCGUGGGGGAUGUUCCUUCCUGUCAAAGACUAAGGUUAUCCAGGAGAAUGGAGGAAGGGCGGUGAUUAUUGCUGAUAAUGCUUAUGAUAAUGACAACCUCUAUGUUGAAAUGAUUCAGGAUGGAACACGCAGAACAGCUGACAUUCCAGCACUUUUCAUCUUGGGCAGAGAUGGUUUUAUGAUCAGACGGUCCCUGGAAAAGCAUGGAUUACCUUGGGCAGUAAUUGCUAUACCUGUGAAUGUGACAAGCAUUCCUUCUUACGAACUCAUGCAGCCUCCAUGGACAUUUUGGUAGAUGAAUGCCCAGCUGUUCAGACUGAAUGCACUGCACUUUUCUGAAAAUUGUUGGUGUAGAGGAGGCUUGCAGAAUUUCUAGUGAAACUCACUAUGCCAUUUUUUUCUAAUUUAUAUUUUUAUGAAAGGUUGAAAGUUUAAAUUAAAAGUAGCAAAAUGAAAAUUACUUUGUUCCAUUAUUUCAUCUGUGAUUUGAUCUCAAAAGACCUCAAAUAUUUAUAUUUGUAUUUAUCCCUACUUGAUGCCACUUGUUAUGGACUGAACCUAGAGAUGUGCAGUUUAAUAAUGUGGAUGUAAUGAUCCUAAUUAAUUGAAGAUUUAUUGUUUCCCUUGCUGAUUUACUGAGUCUCCUAAUAUGGGUGUUCUUAAAAGGGGCCAAACAUUUUUAGGGUGUUAAAUAGCUGCAUGUUCAGUGUUAAGAGAUUAAGAUUUUGUACCUAAAGAACAUUUGAUGAAAUAAUGAAGUAUGUGAAAUAUUUUAAUUAGAGGAAUGAUUGGUGACCUGUGCCAUAUAAGGCCGCACUAAUAUUUAAAUGUGGAAGGGGAAAUAAAAUUAACUGCAGAAGUGCUGUAUUACUUCUGCUGCUUUUUUGAAGUGUAUGGUGCUUACUAACUGGAAAAGAGGAGUUUAUCAAGUUUGUACUGUUGGUGAUUAAUGCAUUUUACCGCAACACAGUCGCCUACAAAACAGUCAUAAGUUCACCUGCCUAGAAACUCCCAGUCUUAACAGCAUGUUGAUCUAUUCAUAACAUUCCGAAACCAGGCCAAUAACAUUCCAGCCUCAUUCUAGAGGCAUGUGGUAGAAUGCACUCAUGGAGUAGACUGUGAUCAGGCUUUAUUAUUAAUGGCUGUGGUAUAAUCCACAUAAUUGAAGGCUAUGAAACUUUUUACCUGGAGGCUUCUGUACCAUUCUUCUUUAUUACAGAACAUUUAAACUGUUUCUUCAUUUUCAAAACGAUUUUGGAGAGACCUAAACUGUGCAUCAGGCUCCUGGAAUCACAUUUCUACAGAAUGCCUCAGCUGGGUAUGAUAAGUAAUGAGAGCCAGAAGGCAUUUUUAUGUCUGCCUCCAUUUCAGUACUGUGAGUGCUUAUUCUUGAUGAGAUUCAAUUUUCAUGUGUUGCUGUUUUGCUCAGUGUUGACUCUUGCUAUAAAAUGCAUAACCAAAUACUGCAAAGAGUGGCGCCAGCUGAGGUUAACAACUGUUUACUGCUGAUCAAACUUUACAAAAUGGAAAGCUGUAAACUGACAGUGCUGUGGUUCAUACUGACAUUACAGUUCAGUAUAAUAAAUGCCAGCUGAUGAAUCUGGUUCCAGGUGUUAGACUUAAGUUUUGCUAGAAGGAAAGACAAUCAUAUAAAGAUGAAUGUAGAAAAUAUGUUAUUUAUCUUACUUGAAUGGGUUAUUGUAUUUGACAAAUAAACAUUGUUUUGUUGUUUG